UAUUUUGUUGGCUGACUGUGGUUCGAUUUCUCGUCGUAUAUCUCUACUGGUAUUGUUCUGUCGCACAAACUCUCAAGGGUUUUGAAUGAUAACUGUGAACACUGCUACCUCAAAUCUUUCCUUUUCAUGUCUAGAUUUUUCCAAGGAUAUAUCCAAUAUCACUUUCUUCCGUGAGAAGCUUGUAUUUUUGUUACGCCCUCCGAUCUCUUAAUGUAUAACCUUGCUACCAUUAAUCCAAAACACGAGUUCUUGAGCAGUUGGAAAGUGAAACUAAUUUGGUGAUCUCCCUGUUGCCCCAACUUUUCUGCUCGUGAUGAGUGACUUCUUUGCAUGUCUCUUAAAUUCGUCUUGAAUUUUUCAUUCUGCAGUUAGAGCGCUUAGGGAAGAGCUACAGUUGCUUCAAGAACAUGGCUCUUAUGAUGGUGAGGUGGUGAAGGUCAUGGGCAAAUUAAUGGUUCUAGUCAAGGUGCUAAGGGCACCAAGGAAACAAAUAUGAUGGUGCUACUUUUUUAUUUUGAUGACAUAUGGUCUGUUCUGGGUGACCUGUUCAACAGGAAGCCAUGAAGGCGGAGGAUUGCCAAUGAGCAUAAUCGGGCUCCAAGAUAAUUUUAUUUUGGAGAGGUUUGUUCCAUCCGCUGGCUGGAUCGUGAUAGCCCUGCUGUGUACUGCGGAAGAGAUCUUGACAGCUGCUGGGUUGGAUGCUGUUGCUUUCAGUGUAAUGCUAGUAUUCAGGAGGUUUACCUGCAACAAUCUCACGCAGUUCAAUUAUAUAUUGCCUGAGGCAAUUGUCAUCAGUAUACAUCUUCAGGUUAACCUGUUCGGUGAUGCAGUCGAGGGCAGUAUGAUGCAGAAGGGGGGAACCCGCUACUCAGCCCUUAGAAAGAUAUUCAGGCAGUCUUGUGGAUUUCAUCUGGAACCACCUUGUGGGAAAAGAAAUUCCGUAGCAUGAGCUGCCACAUCCAUUUACUUGGGCAAAAUCAAGCGGUGCUCAGAUCACGCCGAGAGUUUGUUCCUGAAGCUGAGUCCUCUAUGCCAUCACCAUGCCUGGCCGAACAACAACUAUGUUGCGAUGUCACACAUGUCACAUUCCUUCAAAAGAAGGUUCUACAGGUGAUAUGGAUAUCCAGACCUGGUACACUAGGACAUCCAUUGAUAUGAUAAUUAGGUCUAAGGCUGUACCAGUAUUUUAUCAUAGUCUUGUUAUUAGGAAAUAAUAAUGUAGCCAAGUCAUGUGGUGGGCUAAAUUAGGGUUUUAAGUUGUGUCUAUUUGACUUGGGCCCGUCGAAGUCGAAUUAGGUUAGGCCCAAUAAGGGCUGGCUGGCCACCCCACCCCUCAUAUAAGGUGGAGGGACGGCUAGGGUUUAGCCAGUUCAAGUUUAGUCUAAAGUUUAGGUUAUACCUAGUUGCGUGUGUUCACGUGUAUCGUUCCUCCAGCGGUACAGCGCUGCCGUUUAUCUAUAAUAUCCGCUGCGAAGGUUCCUGUGUUCAUCAAGGAUUAUCUAGCUCAGGUUUGAGGCGUAUCGAUUCAUCGAUCCGUUGCUUGCUGGAUUCGUUAGCUCUUCUUCAGGCUGCGUUCAUCGCGUUGUUGGGAGGAUUUACUACCCCAGGUUCUCGCUGUGAAAGAUCGGGCAUCAACCUAGGUGGAUCUAGUGGGAUCUCCCUUAUCAUGUGGUAUCAGUUUUCUGGGUUGCUCACGGCGAGGUUUUGUUGAUCGAUCUCUUUGGAUCGGUUUGCAUCGGAGAAGAUUGGCUCUAGAUCGGAGGAGUUUGGCUCUCGGUCGAAGGAGGUUGGUUGGAGGAAGUUUGGAGAUGUUUGGUGCAGUUUGCAGGUCUCCCAUGGCUGUUUCGGAGGUCAAAAUCGCGAAAAAUCGAGGCUGGAAUCGGGAAGAAGAAGAGGAUUCGCGACGCGCCCCGGUGCCAGGGCCGGCCGACCGGAUCCAGGACCGGCCCAGCCGGUCAACCGGGCUACAGGCCGGACCCAGCCGGCCUGGACCGGACCAGGGGCUGAUGCCAACAGGAGCCGUUACUGUGCCGCCCAUCCGCGCGGCCGGCCACCUGGCCGGUCUGACCGGGUCCCAGGCCGAACCAACCGGUCCCCAGGCCGGUUUGACCGGGUCUCAGGCCGGACCGACCCUUUCCCAGGCCGGUUCAACCGGGCUCUGGGCCGGGCAGGCUGCGGCUGUUUCUGUUUCUCCGGCGAUGAAAACUAGUGCUGCUGCUGUUCCGUCUGCACUUACAUUACGUGUGCGUGCUAUGGGUUGGAAGGCAGACAUCUAGUAUGACUACCUCGAUAUGAUGACGGGCACACCAUUUGAUGCAUCUACAAUCAAGUGGAGGUUGUCUAGUUCCGCGACACCUAUGGAAUUUUAGAUUUGGGAGUCACAUAUUGACGGUGGUUUUGAGAGAUGCAAGGCCGCGGAUAGUACGUUCGGUGGCCAAAUUGAAUUUGAUAUUGCAUACAGGCGUGUUGAUGAUGUUCUGGGUGCGUGGUACCGUGAUUUUCUGAUUGUCCAGGGUUUCAUUGGACUACGGUCUAGUUGGGCAGAUUUCAAACAGUUUCUGUGUGAUCACUUUAAGUUUCCACGUUUGAAUAAAACGGUGGUAUGUUCUGACACUACCGUGAAGGAGGUUGUUUCCGUACAGGCAGUCACUGAGGAGAGGAAACCUAGCUCUGAUACCAAGAGCACUACUGUGACUGUUGAGGAGGAUGUACCAUUGAGCGGGCUGAAUAUGCAACUCAAGAAGGUACAAGAUGAUGCUUGCAAGACAGUUGAUAAAGUUCAGCGGUGGAGUUUGUUUUAGACUCAAUGCAUUAUUAAGGGCAAGACUCGCAAGUUGAUGAUUGAUGGUGGUAGCUGUACUAAUGGCAUUAGCAAGGCGAUGGUGACAUCAUUGGGGUUGUCUACAUGGCGUCUUCCUGAACCUAAACGUCUUGAGUGGUUGAAUAGCUGUGGUAUGCUGAAGAUUACUCAUAAGGUGCGUGUGCCAUUUACAGUUGAUGAUUAUGUUGAUGAGAUCGAUUGCGAUGUGUUGCCAUUGGAGGUGUGCGGAUUGCUACUUGGACGUCCUUGGCAGUAUGAUCGUAAUGUGACACAUGCUGGGAGAGCAAAUACAUAUUCUUUUAUGCAUAGUGGCAAACAGCGAACUUUGAAGCCUUUGAGUGAUGAUCAUAUCAAGUCCGAUGUGGAGUUAGUGGUGCCUAAGGAGAAGUUGCACAAGCCUAAAGUGCAGCCAGAGGUGCAUGAUGUUCCGAGCAUUGAUGUUGGCGAUGUUUCAGCCAUGCCUGUAGAUGACAAGCCAGUUCUUGUUGGUGACAAGCCGGAUGAAGCUA